AGUUGUAUAUAUAUAUAAAAAACAGACUAUAAUAUAAUAAAUUAUUAUCAAAACAUGUCUCGACAAUCUUGGGAAGUUCUCUGGUCACCAAAUAAUCCUAACAAGUUUGUAAAGUAUAUUGCAAGUGACUCAAAUUCAGAUAUUGUAUUGUAUAAUGUUUUCAAUAGUGAUGAUAACGGUUUACCUCAAUCAUCAAAGAAUAAAUCUGUGGUUCAUAUCACAGAUGAUAUAUUUGCAUAUCCUGUUGCAGACUACUUGGAAUUUUCUUCUAUCAAGUCUAUUGCAUGGUGUCCUCAAAAGGAUUUGAGUGAUUACUGUGUUCUUGCAGUGGGCUCAUCCAAUGGAAGAGUAUCAUUGUUGAAUAUAGGUGAUGCUGUUCCUUCUAGUACAGGGUUGGCAUUAAACCAGGAAUUUGCUCCAAAAGCUGAACGAACUUGCCAUGAAGUUGCAUGGAAUGAACAAGAACCUAAUUUAUUAGCAGUUGGUUUAGACAAAGUUCGUUAUGAUAAUUCUCUACUUGUUUGGGAUGUUGAAACAAAAUCUGUGAUUUCUCAAGUAUUUGGUAACACAGAUUCAAGAUCUUCUGCUACAAGCAAAAAGGCAGUAUUUGAACAUGGGGCUUCUGAAUCUACAGUAUCGGUUCAAUGGCUUCAAAAUAAACCAAGAACACUAGUUGCAGGACAGGGUUCAAAAUGGCUCAGGUUAUUUGAUAUAAGAUCACCGGACCCAAAAAUCUUAGCCACUACCAAAGCUAUUAAUGGUAUAAGUGUUGAUAAGAAUAACUGCAAUCGUAUUGCUUCAUUUGCAGAGGGUGCUGUACUUGUAUGGGAUAUACGAAACAGUGAAAAACCAUUAGUGACAAUUAAUCAGUCAAAAUCAGUUUCAAAGAUUCAAUGGUGUCCAUCAAGAGCUCAUAUGUUAACUGUACUUCAAAAAGACAGCUCAGUUGUUAAGUGCUAUGAUCUGCAGUAUUUAUCAGGAAAUAAACUUCUCAAUAUGGAUGAAGAAACUGAGAGUAUCUUUUAUGAAAGAACAAUUCAACUACCAAAGCUAUCCAAAAGUACUAUUAAUUCAUUUAGUUGGCAUCCUGCUGAAAACAAAAUCCUUGUUAUAUCUGCAUCUGGAGAGCUCAAUUAUAUGAAAAUUUACGAGAAAAUUGCUAUGAGCUGGUCUCCAUCUUUGGAGUUUGUUUGGGGAUGUGGAAAAUACCUUCUUUCAUGCUCCCAUUUAGAAGACAGUAUACUAAAAGAACAAGAUAUUUCAUAUAUAAUGAAACAGAGAGCAGUGGCUGGUUAUGGUAUAAAAUCUAUUCUGAAAGAUCAAAAUCAAAUUAGAAAGGUGUUGAAAAAUACUUCACUUGUAAAUCUCUGGGAUUGGUUACAUUGUGCUAGUAGAACAAAAGAUUCCGAUGCACGAAAAACAAGACAUUUUUUAGGAGUAAAAGCUAUAAUCAAAGAAGAUAUGGUCUCUAGUGUGCAAAAUAGUUUUGACUCGCAAGAAGAUUCUUCGACACCGAAACAUUACUCAAGUGUUGAAAGAACAUCUGCACUUAAGUUAUGUGAUUGGGAUGUUGGUGAGGCUCAAAUAAAAGAUAAACUUUACAAGUUAACAAUGGAUGGAGAACCUGAGAGAGCAGCAGCGAUGGCACUCUUUAACAAUAGACUGCAUUUAGCAAUUGAAUUACUUAGUUAUAAUCCUUUGGAAAAACUUUCAAAAAACACACCUACUGACUCAUCUCUUCCAAUUGUUGCUAUGGCAUUAUCUGGUUUCUCUGAAAAGCGGCCACCAUUGUGGGUUUCUAACUGCAAGCUCCUAAGCACGCAAUUAAAAAACCCUUACUUACGAGCUAUUUUUGCAUUUCUUACUGCGGAAGAUGAUAACUACAUUAAUGUUAUAAAAGAGAAAGAAAUCAAACUUCAAGAUAGAGUGGCAUUUGCAUGUCGUUAUUUAAAUGACUCUAAGCUAAUAAGUUUCAUAGAUAACGAAACCACGACCUUUAUUAAUACUGGAAAUCUUGAAGGUCUCUUAUUGACCGGACUUACCAGUGAUGGUUUAGAUCUGCUUGAAAAUUAUAUAAACAAGACCAGUGACGUUCAAACAGCUGUUUUAAUCGUAUUAAACACAAAAGUUAUCGAAGCUGUGCGCGAUCCAAGAGUUAAUAAUUGGAUUGAAAAUUACCGUGACCUGCUUGAUCGAUGGCGUUUAUGGCAUGAAAGAUCGCAUUUUGAUGCACUGGUGCAGAGUUCCUGCGGUAAUCGAAAAAUUCCUCAACAAAUAAGCGUUACAUGCACAUAUUGUUCAAAAGCGGUGUCUCAUAAUCUCAUUUCUUCAGGAGGAAUGCGUGGCUCUCGUCAGCCACACGGAAUGGGCACCAACAGUCGACAAAGCAAAGCCAUGGCAUGUCCAAACUGUCGCCAGCCGUUACCGCGUUGUUCUAUUUGCAUGAUAAAUAUGGGGUCUCUCUCGUCUCAUACGCAAAAACUUGGAAAUCGCGCCAAAUUUGAGAAUGUCGUAAAUCCAUACUUAAAUUGGUUUACUUGGUGUCAAAUGUGUAGACAUGGUGGCCAUUCUGUUCAUCUUAUUGAAUGGUUUACAGAUCAUCUGCAUUGCCCAGUUACUGGUUGCAAUUGCACUUGUAACGUUCAUGAUAGUGUUGCCAUGGUAAGUCCUACCAGCUCAGAUGAAAACGUUGAUAAUAAAGAAACAAGCUAAUUCAUAGUGAGUUAAAAAUAAUUACUAAGCGAGUUUUUCCAUCAUGAAAUAGAACAAUUAUAUGUUUCGUUCUUUUGCUUAGAAAUAGUAACACAGAUUGUUCUUUAUUACAAAUACUUUUUAAUAAUAA